AACUCACUCUCUGUCUUCUACUCGUACAGGCACACACACACACACAUACUUAGUUGUGUUCGACAAGCAGCUUAAAUUACUUUUUGCAUCAUGGUCGGCUACUGUCCAAUCUGUGGGAAGCCAGUCUACUUUGGUGAGAGAAAGAGGUCUAUGGGGCGAGACUACCAUCCUCUGUGUUUGAAGUGCCAGACGUGCAACAGACAGUUGACAGCUGGACAACAUGCUGAGCAUGAUGAAAAGCCAUACUGCACCAACUGUUAUAUGAAAAUGUUUGGUCCAAGAGGCAACAGGAAGUUGGUAACAUAUUGCCAUGCAGGUGCCUUCUUUUAGAUACCCAGGCAAACCUAGGACUCACAGGAGAAAGCCCAUGUAGUAUGUUGAAGUAACCUCUGGCCUUUACAUGUGUUAUAGUAUCCUUAUCUUUAUCAAAUAGUCAUAAAUGUAUGUACAGUUAUGUAUGUUUUGAAUAAUAAAAUACCAGUU